AGUCAGCGACGGGUGCGCGAGUGCGUGCGGGUGUUUUGUUCUCCUCGGUUCUUCGCGUGGUUUGAUUGAUCCGUCGUGUGGUGCGAAUUCCAGAGUGCUUGUGAUUACACAAUCCACCGGGGGCAUUUACAUGAGAUUUGCUGUGUGUCGGGCGCCGUUUUACGUAUAGAAGCUUUUCUUCCGAAAUCACUUCGGGAUAUCGAUAUUUACGUGUACCCCACAAAUAGAGAAUGGAAAUGUCGCUCGACAAUCUGUCGUCCGCCCAGAAGGAUGAGCUGAUGACUUCGGUCAAGCAGCAAAUUGCCCUGGCAAAUGCACAGGAACUGCUAACGAAAAUGACGGAAAAGUGCUUCAAGAAGUGCGUCGGAAAGCCUGGCCAGGAGCUGGACAGUUCCGAGCAGAAAUGCAUCGCCAUGUGUAUGGACCGGUUCAUGGACUCGUGGAAUCUGGUUUCGCGGACCUACACGCAACGGAUCCAAAAGGAGCAAUACAAAGGAUAAAUGGAGCAUUUCGAAACGGCCACCGGUCGGAGCGGCAAUAAUUUAGGACACAACCGUUCAUUUUUGUAAACCAAAAGAAAAUAAUACAUUUAAAAUACACUUAAAAAUGAAGGCACAUAA